AUGGGAGUAACAAUAGACUGUGAAUUUGAAAAGUCUAUUGAAAAAGAAAAAGAAAAAUGGCGUAACAUAUUGAGAAUUAUAAUUGAUGUUAUACUUUUUUGCUCAAAAAAUAAUUUGACUCUUAGAGGUAGUACUGAAAAAAUUGGUGAUUUGAACUCUGAUAUUUUUUUACAGUUAAUAGAACUUAUUAGUCACUAUUCUCCCAUACUAACUCAAUAUGUCCAAGUAGUUAAGCAAUCAAAUUUUUGUACUAGUUAUUUUUCACCCACAAUUCAAAAUGAAAUCAUCGUUUUACUAGGACAAACAAUAAGAAAUAAAAUUAUAACAAGUAUAAAAGAGGCAAAAUAUUAUGGUAUUAUGUUUGAUUAUACACCUGAUAUAUCACAUAAAGAACAAAUGUCGCAAAUUAUUAGAUAUGUUCAAAUUGAUAAUACUGAGAUUUCAAUUGAAGAAAGUUUUGUCGAUUUUAUACAAUCAAGAGAGAAAACUGGAUUGGUAAGUGAAAUAUUAAAAAAAUUAGAAGAAUAUGGAAUAGAACUAAAAAAUUGUCGAGCACAAGGAUAUGAUAACGGUGCAAAUAUGGCCGGAAAAUAUGUAUAA